AUGGUUCUUGUCGCACAAGGUACCGGUUCGGCGGAACACGAUGACAGGGCGGAGUUCGAUGCGGACGAGGAAGCUCAGCUACUGCAGAGGGAAGAGUUGGACUUUGAAGACAAUGACUCUGCCGAGGCUGGCUUCAAGCGACCACGCGCAUCCGGCGUUUUGGGUCGGCUGAAGGGACCUGAUCCACUGGAUAUCCAAAUUAUCAGCCCUUUCUUCACUAAAGCUCAGGAAUUUCUACCAGCUUGGUUAGACCGAUGCUUCCCUGAACGGAGACAGCAGGUCUCCCUCCUGGGUGGAGUCCUUAUCCUAUGGCUGAUCGCUUUCAUCAUGUCUUUGAGCGCACAACUUCCCAUUGCAGAUAAUUCGGGUCGAGCAGUCACCAACCUAGACUGCGUCGACACGCUGUGGAGACCCAAGAACGAGUGCGGCAUAGGUGGCAUUGACUGUCAUCCCUUCAGCAACACCUCCUUCCCCUUCAAGUGUCCAGCCAAAUGUGCUAGCGUCAAAGUCUUGAACCCUCGCGCCGUUGGGCCUUUGGACGUGAACUACCGUUCGCUGGUAGUUGGCAAUAAUCCAUACCGCGGCGACUCCUUCAUCUGUGCUUCAGCUAUUCAUGCUGGCGUCGUCGGUGACAACGGUGGAUGUGGGCGAGUCACUCUUCUGGGCCGCCAUGACAACUACACUAGCCGGGAAAGCCACGGCAUUGAGUCUAUACCGUUCGAUUCGUACUUCCCCAUGGCCUUCGCUGUUACAUCCGACCCAGACACGAAAUGCCCCUCCGAUCCACGGAACGCGUUGUUAUACUUGGAUGUUUCCGUCACCGCGUUGCUCUCGAUCUUUACAGCGGCACCCGCCAUCUUCUUCCCAAUCUUCAUCAUCAUCUUCGCGCACGUAGCCUUCGGUUCUGACCCUCCUUCAGCUUCAUAUCACAACACCACCGUUCUUCCUGACCACAUCUCCAUGUUCGCCAAACGCUUGCUCCCUGCAUUGUUUUGUGCUGUUAUUAUCUACCGCACCACCGUCAGACGUACGCUGCACGGCCUGACUGCACACGUAGAGAAGACAGUGUUGUGGCUUGGGGGCUUCUUUCUUGGUGCCUUGUCCAACUACACCUUCGACUGGAUCCCGAUCCAACGCCUUACCGCCCACGAUCUCGAGCAACAAGCAGGAGCCAAAGUUGCUUUAGCCGCGAUUCUCGUGGUGUUAGUCGCGAUCAUCGCAGGUCAAAUCUAUUACUUCUGGCUUGAGGGACGCCUGCUGCGAUACUUGGCCUUGUACGGACUGUUCAUAUCUGGCAUUCUCGUGUGCCUGGUCAUACCCGGGGUCUCACUACGCAUACAUCAUUAUAUCAUCGGUCUGCUGCUUCUACCUGGCACGAGCCUACAAACACGGCCAUCGUUGGUGUACCAAGGGAUACUGCUUGGCCUCUUUGUCAACGGCAUCGCACGCUGGGACUUUGACUCUGUCCUUCAGACGACCGCUGAUCUCCGAGGGGAUGGCAAGUUCGAUUCCGCGCUGCCCAAAUUGCUAGAGCCAAUCGUAUCUAGCACAGCCCAAGGUUUGAUGACUACUUUCCGAUGGGAAACGCCGCCGACCGCAGUCGAUGGAGUCAGCGUCCUUGUCAACGAUGUGGAGAAGGCUCGUAGGUUCUACAGUGAUGAUGCUGACGGUGCCGCGAGCUUCGAAUGGCAGCGACCAGUGGAGGAGCAGCUGAAUGAGUACUUCCGCUUUGGAUAUGUCAGAGAAGGUCGAGCGUUGGACUACACGGCGUCUGGAACGUUGUUUGGCAAUGGAACCUGGAGCGGACCGGAGCGCGGAUAG